AGAAGUAGGUUAGAUGAGAUAUCAUCCACGUAAUUAUAUGCUCUUAAUGUUUAAAAUAUAUAUGUGAUUUAUAUAUCUUUUCAAAUAUCAAAUAAGAAAAGCAAAGAUUAAAUAAAUAAAUACAUUAAAAGAAGAAAAGUGCGGAUUAUUUUAUAUAUAAUUUUUAUUUAGAUUAUCUGUAUCAAUAAAUCAUGGAUCAAUAUUUUGAGAGCUAUGAAGAACUCGAUAUUCAUCACUUAAUGCUAAGUGACAAAACACGUGUUUUAACAUACAAGAAUGCUAUUUUUAAUAUGAAAAAAGAAUUUCAGGGCAAAGUAGUGAUGGAUGUUGGUGCUGGCUUAGGUAUAUUAUCAAUUUUUUGUGCUCAAAUUGGUGCAAAAAAAGUAUAUGCAGUAGAAGCAAGUAUGUUGGCAAAAACUAUUGAGCAAGUGUUGAUUGAAAACAAUAUACAAGAUACAGUUGUAGUAAUUCACAGUAAGGUAGAGGAUAUCCAUCCAGACAGUUUGGAGAAAGUAGAUAUAAUUGUUUCCGAAUGGAUGGGUUUUUAUUUGGUACAUGAAGGAAUGUUAGAUUCUGUACUUUUUGCUAGAGAUAAUUUCUUACGAGAGGAUGGUUUGUUAUUUCCAUCCAUAGCAAAAUUGUAUGCUUCACCAUGCCAGUUACCAUCUAUGUAUGAAUUUUGGGAUAAUGUAUGUGGAGUCAAUAUGAGAUGUAUCGGAAAAGAGUACAGAAAAAUUAAAUCAAUGAAACCAGAAGUGCUACUUUUAAAUCAAGAUAAUCUUUUGGCAGAAGGAAAAUUGCUUACUUGGCUGGAUUUAAAUUGCAUCUCUGUAGAGGAAGUAAAUCUAUUAGCUGGAGAAGAUUAUGUAUCAGUAUGUGAGAAGGAUGGGAAUUAUCAAGGGAUAUGCAUUUGGUUUGCAGUCGAAUUCCCAGAUGGUUCAGAACUAUCUACAUCACCUCAUGAUGAGGCAACACAUUGGAAACAAACUGCAAUUGUUCUACCUGAAGAUAUAGAGGUGAUAAAAAAUGAACCUAUCGCCUUUAAAUUGCAAUUAAAAAGAGACAUAUCAAAUCCAAGGCGUUACAAUAUAGAACUAAAUUUGUUGGACGCAGAGGAAGUAGAGCAUGAAAUUCCAUGUAAUUGUCAUAUGACAAAGUGUGUGGUGACAAGAACAUAUAUUGAAGAUCAAGCAAACAAUGAAAGAACUUUGUCAAAUGAAUAAUAUAAUAAGAAAUGUUAAUUUAUAGACUUUUAUAUAAUAUGCUAAAAGAAAAUAAAUAUUUUUGU